CAACUUGCUAAAGCCACACCCACAUCAAAACGGGUAUUGAAUGAGCAGGAGGACUUGGAUGCCGGCGCUGAGGAUGAGCGAGAGGAAGGCGAAGACGGGAGAAACCCAAUUCGACUACGCGUAUGGCAUGAG